AUGCCGAUGUCGCAAGCUGCGGUGAAUAAGGUGCAGAGUCAUGCCCAAGUCGAAUCAGCAGCUGGAUGGUCGCGAAGGAUUGAAGUGGUGGGCAUUUUGCUGGUGUUGGGUUCGAUAUGCUUCAACUGCCUUGGAGCGCUGCUGGUCGAGCGUUUUCUGAAGGGCAGCGGAGAGCUGUAUGAACAGAAGGCGCAGCUUCUGCUGGGUGAAGUGCUGGUGAACUCCAUCGUGGUGUUUGUGAUUCCGCUUUUCAUCUUCGAUCAGGAGGUCUACGCAACGAUAUCUCCGUGGCAUCGUGGUUUCUUUUCCGGUUGGGAUGGUCGAGUGCUUCUUUGUGCAGUUCUGUGGAUUCCAGCUGGUUGGACAGCAACCAUUCUGGUGAAGCGCUGUUCCAACCUGCUCAAGACCGUUGCCCAAGCAUCGUCAUCUGUUCUGACCUAUGUCUUCUCGGUGGUGCCAUUGAGCCGUGGACCAUCGACAUGGGCACACAUCGUGACCUGGCUGGGACCGCCUCUGACACCUGAGCCUGUGUCCUCUCCCGUUGUCUUGCUGGCCAUUAGCGUGAUGCUUGCAGCACUGAGCUUUGGUGCAGAUCGGGCCGAACGCGACAGCAGGUCCCAAUCUUCGACAAGAAAAGCACUGCCAAGGCAUAGCAGCACGUUGGAGAUGAAGCAGGUGGAGGUGGACUGGAAGCUGGAUCACGCGUACCAGAUGCAGGUGGCUCCGCGCCAGCGAUCAAGGCAAACCAGCAUUGAGGGAGCCCUGGCGGACAGCUUCAAGCGUUUGCACAUGGAUGUUGAGUCCGGCGUUCGAGUACUGGCAGAGCGGCCUGCCGACGACUUCGAACCCACCGAUGAGGAAGUGAAAAACUACGCAGAGUGGCUAGGGUUGGAUCCCAAGGAAGACACGGACUUGAUGUACCUGGCCAAAGAGGGAUUGAAGGCCCCUCUGAAAGAUGGCUGGAAGCCGUGCACCAACUCAGACAACGAGAUUUUCUACUUCAACUUCAUGACAGGCAUAUCAGGCAGCGUCGACAGCAUGGUUAACGGAAUCGUUUCGCUGUUCAUCCUCAACCGUAACGGAUCCCUCAUUUACAGUCAUGAGAGAGAGGGUGCCGCUUCACUGUCGUCCAAUGACAAGAUCCGCCUGUCAUCUACGUUUCAUGGCAUCAGCGCUAUUGCAGCGCAGAUAUCACCUGUGAAGCGAAGUGCAGGACGGCUUGGCUUCCUGCAGCCAACUGGCAUCAAGACCCUAGAUGCUGACACGUUUCGUCUGCAAUGUUUCCACACGGCAACCGGCAUGAAGAUCUUCUGUGUCCUCCUCCCGCCAUACUUUGAAGUCGACCCGUUGCUCCGGCAGGUCUACGGCCUGUACAGCGACUAUGUGUUGAAGAAUCCUUUCUAUGAGCUGGACAUGCCCAUUCGCUUCGAGCUGUUCGAGAAAGAGGUGCAGCGAGUCCUGGCUGAGUUCCAGCCCAGGCAGGGCUCGCUUGCUCUCGACAUAUUUUUCAAACCAUGUGACUGGCUGAUUGUGGGCGAGAGCUUUGUGCACUUGGCCGAGAGGUCGUUGCUCUGGGACUCCCACAUCGGGGCUGGAGCUCCUCUCCCAGUUCCCCCGCACCUUACGGACCAGGGAAUGACAGAGAUGGGCGAGACGAUGCGAUCUUGGGAGGCAAAGAAGAUGCGGGGCGAGCCGGCAAAACACUGGAGCCCCAAUCUCCAGACUAGCGUGGACGGACAUUCCGGAGGAGUUCGGACAGAGCGGCCGGAGAUGACGAGGAUCCUCAGCUCCUCACGCGCAGGCCGAAUGCACUGGCACCGAAACCAGUUCGUGCCAUUGCCCAGCCGGCCGCCGAGUCUUGAUCAACCGGAAGAGUUUAUACCGCCAGAGCAUCGACAGCACCUGAUAUACCUUGCGCUGUACAGAGACAAAGUGGACCAGCACCAAGCCGCGAUGGCCAGGCCAAAGAGCCCAGAAGGGCGAGCUCGGACCCCAUCGCCAGCUGAAGAGGCAGAGGCUGACGUCCAUCCAACCAAUGGUUUCGCUGCCACCACCGGAG